CGUAACGCUGUUGGAGAAUGAAGCUAUUGUACGGGACACACUCCGAGGAGGAAGAGCUGAGUCGGGCUGCUCGGGCUAUGAAGGACGGAGGUAAAUAGAGACGGCAGCCACACGCAGGAAGUCCGAAGUGUUUCUUGGACGUCGGAGCAUUGGAUGUGUCAACUUUUCGGGGUGAAAGACAGAGAAAAAGCAAGACAAAGACGAAGGACCAGAGGAUAGUGGGAUCAGCUGUGGAACUGAUUGGGUUUGCCUCAUCCUUGUGUUGCCAUGGCGAUGCGGGAGCUGGUGGAGCCGGAAUGCGGGGGAGCCAAUCCCCUGAUGAAGUUGACCAGUCACAUGACCCAGGAAGGGGCUGCAUGGAGACACCGGUCGACACCCACAAUUCCCCCAACACCCAUCGAAAUCGCCACUGAAGAAGAGCUGGUGAAUGAGUUCAUGCAGGCCCCACCAAGGCCUCCCCAGACCUUUGACAUGGGCCAGUUGCUGGAGGAGAUGCAGCAGAUAGACCAGCAGAGCUACCGACAGGCUCCACAGAGAGCUCCUGGGGUAGCAGCGUUGGCCCUGUCCGGCGACUGGGCGUCCGAGUUCCUGUCAGGCGGUGACUCCGCCUCCGCGGCCUCAGGGAUGGCCGUGCUCGGUGACGCGUCAGACGCUGACUGGACCAGAGAGUUCAUCGCCGAAGCCGCAGAUCCCGGGCGCUGGGCAGAGGAGUACCUGGAGCAGUCGGAGGAGAAGCUGUGGCUGGGAGACCUUGGAGACAAGGACCAGGCGUGGGCGAAAGAGUACCAACCAGGGGAAGAGUUGAAGCAAACAGCCAAUGAGCUCGUCUCAAAGGUUGACGACCCCAAGUUGCAGAACACAGAGUUCCUGCGGUUCAUUAGGCAGAUUGGCGAGGGCAGUGUGACUGUGGAGAACAAAGCAGACAAACAGCACACAGAUAAAGCUCAGGCCAAGGAGGCUCAGCACUGGGCCUCCAACCUCAACCAGGUGUCGGCUGAGGCCUGGGUGGAUGAGUUUGCUACGUCGGGGCCAGAUUUCCAGCAGGCUAAAGCUGCGGUAGAGAGCGACGUGGACUUCUGGGAGAAGCUGCAGCAGGAGUGGGAGGAGAUGGCAAAGAGGGACGCAGAGAGCCACCCCUGGUUGUCUGACUUCGACCAGCUCCUCAGCACCAGCUACGACAAGGGUUACCAGUUUGAGGAGGACAACCCCUACCUGAGCCACCAGGACCCCCUCUCGGAGGGGUUGAAGAGGAUGGAGGCGGGGGACAUCCCUGGGGCCGUACGCUUGUUUGAAAGCGCUGUGCGGAAGGAACCAGAGAACCAGCUGGCGUGGCAAUAUCUGGGAACCUGUCAGGCUGAGAACGAGCAAGAAUUUGCUGCCAUCAGUGCCCUCCGCAGAUGCAUAGAGCUGAAGAACGACAACCUGACCGCUCUCAUGGCUCUGGCCGUCAGCUUCACCAACGAGUCACUGCACAGGCAGGCCUGUGAGAGCCUCCGUGAUUGGCUGAGACACAACCCAAAGUACCGCUCUGUGCAGGAGCAGAGCGAGCGGGAGCGGGGGGAGAGGGACGCAGCCCAGGAGCAGGAGUUGCGGAGAGAGAGGUUCGGCUCCCUGCUGCCCGAGUCCCUGUUCACGGAGGUCCAGUCCAUGUUCCUCCGAGCCGCUAACGCCGACCCUGCGCGGGUGGACCCCCAGCUGCAGUGUGGCCUGGGGGUCCUCUUCAACCUGAGUGGAGAGUACGACAAGGCUGUGGACUGCUUCACCGCCGCCCUCUCCGUCACGCCCCAGGACUACCUGCUCUGGAACAAGCUGGGCGCCACGCUGGCCAACAGCAGCCGCUCAGAGGAGGCCGUGGCCGCCUACAGGACGGCCCUGGAACUGCAGCCCGGGUUCAUCCGCAGCCGCUACAACCUGGGAAUCAGCUGUGUCAACUUAGGGGCACACAGGGAGGCGGUGGAGCACUUCCUGGAGGCCCUGUCACUGCAGCGCCAUGCGUCGUCGGGGGCAGCGGGGGCGGGCGCCACGCCGCGGCCCGUGGGCUCGGCUGCCAGCGUGAUGUCGGACAACAUCUGGUCCACGCUGCGCAUGGCGCUGAGCAUGAUGGGGGAGAGCGGGCUGUACUCGGCCGCAGACAACAGGGACUUGGACACGCUGCUGGCCCACUUCUGCCAGCGAGAGGGGGAGGGCGGGGGGCCCGAAUGAGGCCGGGCCUGGGCGGGAGGGGGCGGGAUCGGGCUUAUAGAGUGCGAGUGUAAUUUGUAUGGAGAGCGAUGUCAUGCGGAGGUGGUGGACGAAGAGUGACGGAGAAUGGAGGAGGAGUGCUGGUCAAGGGCGGGUGGUGAAGGAUGAGGAGGGAUGGUGUCCCUACGUCAAGAAUAGGUGGAGGAGAAGGUGAAGAAGGAGUACUUGCCUAAGGUGUGUCCUCCACCUCCCAGAGACUUCAGAACGACACACGGUGAUACGAUAGGACUAGGCAAAACCUCCAGUAUUGUAAUUGUUCUCGACCUCCAUCGAGGCUUGCAACCAGCAGCUGAGACUCUCUGGGCCUUUUCAUUUUUAUUUGUUGUUUAGUUCCACAGGAGACGCUUGUUCAUCCCCCAGUCACACUGAUCGGAAAUAUAUUUCAUUAAUGGAACUGAAUGUCCAUAUCAAUUUGUCUAAAAAAAUGAAUGUGUGCCUGUUUGUGUGUGUGUGUGUGUGCGCGUGUGUGUGUGUUCUUGGUGACUGCUAAAUUAAGUUAACUCUACCCAUCCGUAUAUCUGUUUGGUACUCCAUUACUGGGAUCCUCCGAACAUCAAAUGAAAGGUGUUUUAGGUGCUCAGUGCAAGACUGCGUUGGUCGGGCAGGCACAUUUGUUUGGAAGGGCUGGAAUCUUUUUAUUUUUUUUUAAAUGAAGGGAGGAAAAACAAGGAAGAGACUAACCAUCAAGAAGAUCAUUGUAGUAAAUGCGCAUGUGUGGGUGGGUGGAGCUCACAUUUGAAAACAUGUCAUUUGCCUCUUUCUCAAUGCUCUUGUAAAGCAAUUUCGCUUCUGGUAAAAUAAUUGCUUAAUGCCACAUUGUGUAUUGUAUCAUAAUUAUUGCACUAUUAUUGAUUUUGAAGCGAUUUACCCUGACUGUAAUGUUUAAUAUGCAGCAAUAAAGCUUAGAUUUCAUGUUUUG